CGCUUGUGCGCGCUCAUUCCAUCGAUCAAUCACUCACUUUUAUCACAGUACUGCCAUGGCUGAUCAAGCUGGGCGAGCGGCCGAGCAGGCGCGCGACAAGAGCGGCCGCGCCGUGGAGGCGACGCGCGACAAGUCCAAGGAGGUGAUCCAGAGGGGCAAAUCCUCGGCUCCUCGCGCUACAAAGGCUCUGGGGAUUCUGGCGGCGUUAGCGCUGGCGGGCACAGUGAUCACCGUGACGGUGGUGGGCUUUAUCAUCGCCUCGCCCUUCCUGCUCUUCUUUAGCCCCGUGCUGGUGCCGCUUGGCACGCUCUUCGUGAUCGGCACCGGGAUGUUUGCGGUGUUUUGUUCUGCGGUGUCGUGGCUCUACCAGUACAUGCGCGGCGGACACCCUCCAGGCUCGGACAAGAUCGACACGGUGAGGAGGAGGAUAGCUGAGUCCGCGCACCAUUUGAGCGAGAAGACGCAGGGCACUGGCGGUGAUAUCAGCCGCUACUUGCAGGACGCAGCCAAGGCUUCGUAAGAUCUUCCGGCUAAGCAUCCGAGCCAGCUCUGCAGCGAUUUCCAUUCCCUUUAGCUGUUUCUCUCAGAAUCAAGAGGAGUUUCCUCGAUCGAUCGAUGAAACUCCAUUCUCUUUGUCCUAAGUUUGUAGCUUUGCAGCAGAGCUUCUUUUUGUGUUCGUCGUCAUGUGGUGAAUAAGAAACUCCCAGAAUAUCUGAA